AUGACGCAUUCAUUAGUAAUUAUAUUACUUGUAACGAUUGCAAAUAUAAGUUUCGGUGUUGAACUAGAAGAUCGAUACGAAUGGAAAUAUAUUGAUUAUGUGUGGAAUAAUUCGCAAAGACAAGAAGCGAUAAAGUCUGGCAAUUAUAAUCCUAGCAAUAAUAUUUUAUUUGACGUAGAUGAGGCACCAGAUGGUAGAGUAUUCGUUACUAUCGUAAGAAAUGAAGGAGUGCCAACUAGUGUAGCAACAGUAAGUGAUGAAACAGGACCGGGAGGUCCACUUUUGUCUCCAUAUCCAAAUUGGUCAUGGUAUAAUGACACUACUAAUUGCAAUAACAUUAUAAAUGUAUUACGGAUAUUUAUCAAAUGCAAUCAUCUCUUCCUUGUGGACUUUGGAAUAAAAGAUGGAUUUGAAGGAGAGAGAGUUUGUCCUCCGAAAUUAUUGGUAUUCGAUUUAGAAAACGAUAGGCUCGUUCAUCAUGUUAUCAUUCCAUCUAAUAUUGCUGAUAAUAAAAAUGGCAGAGGAUUGCUUGCGACAACACUUGCUUAUGUUCGAGAUUGUGGGCGCAUAGAUAAAGCAACCGUGUAUAUAGCUGACAUUACAGGUUAUGGUUUAGUAAUAUACAAUAGAUACUUAGGCUUCUGCAGAAUUGAAUCUGAUUUCAUGAAACCAACUCAUCCCAAUUUUACUAUAGAAAACGAAAGUUUUUAUUUUGAAGACGGUAUUAUUGGUUUAGCAACAAUUAAUAAAAAUUUGUUUUAUGCUCCUUUAGCGGGAAACAGAAUAUUUAAAAUGGAUAAGCAUACUCUAAAAAAAUGUUCAAAUCUAAGCAAUAGUGAAGCUAAUAGAUUAACUAAAGUGGCGGGUACAUUAUCUGGUCAAACGGGACCAAUAGCAUCCUACAGUAAUGUAAUAUUUUUUAGCAACAUCCCGGAAACGUCCAUUCUUUGUGCCGAUACUACUAAGAAAUUCGAUCCUUCCAACAGUGUGGUCAUUGUACAAAAUUCCGAAAAAUUGCAAUUUCCGAGUGGACUAAAAGUUGUAAAGCAUAUAGAAGGAAAAGUUAGAAAGCGCAAGGAAGGAAAAGUACUAAUCGCAACAAACAGACUUCAGCGUGUCGUUAAUAACAAUUUAAAUCUGAACGAGACAAAUUUCCGUAUUCUCGAGUUGGAUAUCAUGAAAAUAAAGAAAGAGACAAAAUGUUGUAAUUCCAAUCAUCAUGGAUAUAAUCCUGGAUACCGUAAUACCCUGUCCUCUUAG